UUUGAAUUGUGAUUAAUUUUUAAGCUGUAAUUAACUCGAUUAAAAAUUUUAAUCGUUUGACAGCCCUAAUAUCUAUAUAGUGUGUUUCAUUGAUCGCUGAUGCAUACAACUAAGACAAAAUUUAUUAAGUGCUUUUCUAAGCCCCACCCCUAAAUAAAUAUUGAUGCCAUGAUUGCGUUGGCCAGUUUCUUACCUGUUCAAGGCCCAAUUGCAAACUGCACAGUGGGCAUCAACAUGGCCACACGGAGCCAGGAGAAAGAUUGGGCAAUAGGAGACUAUGAUUCGUUUCCUUCAAGUCUCCUCAAGUUUUGCAUCACUUCUGCUACCUCUUGUUUUACUAGUAGCGGCACAGGACAAAAUUGCUCUUCAUUUCGGCUAGUGUCCUUAGCCUCUGUGCUUCUAUUGCUUUCAAGUCUCCUUCUCCUGUAUCAGAGGUGCAAACAUCCUGGAAGACAUCCAGGACACACUGUGACUUCUCUUUACUGUUUCCUUGGUAACGUGUGUGGAUUCACAGGCGCUGUUUUGUCCAGACAGCUGCACAUUCAAGUUUUAAUGGGAAUUCUCUCUGCUGCUCUGGAUUUGGUCAACGUUAUAUCCUGCUGUAUUCCACUGUGUCUUGGCAAGAACUGGAAAACGGAGAGAAGGCGAAGAAUGAUCAAAAAGCGCAGAAGAUCUCACUUUCUAGCAGUUUGUCUUCUGACUGCACUUACUGGAGGUUUCUUGAAGUCAAGCAUCCUCCACAGCCAAACAACAGACAGGAUCACUCUGAGGAGGAGACUGCUUUCUCUCGCCCUACAAGACAAAACUGAAGUCCUGGGUUACAUAAUUGGAUUGAUAUCUUUUGUCAUCACCUUUACCUCAAAGUUGCCCACACUUUGCCGAGUUCUCAAAGGGAAGACUUUGUCAAGCGGUCACAUUUUCUCUGGAGUACUAUGCUCCAUAGGUGGUGCCCUUUAUGCUGGCGCCUUAAUUCACCACGGCACUCAAGUCAGCUUCCUCCUCAGGGUUAUGCCUUGGCUGCUGUGUGCAAUCUGUGGUGCCUCGCUGGAUUUUUUUAUUGUAGUCCUCUACUGGUGUCAUGUGGAAACCAGGCAAAAGCCUAUGAGCUUUUCUCCAGAAAUGGAGAGCCUCUUAGGUGACUCAUCCAAAGGCAAAGCUGCCAUAAAGCAUAAUGGAAAACAAGGAAAACAUUUCAAUUUGAUGGAGAUGGGUCAUUAUAUGGAUGUCAGUGAAGAUGCGACAAAAGAAAUGUACCCCAGAGAGGCGACAGUGUGUGGGAAAGUAAUGGACAACAAGGUUCUGAGCAGGAAAGUCCCAAUGGUACGAGUUGAUGGUUGUGAUACAUCAUGUGACUCUUCAAUUGUCAGUUCUGAUCUAGAGUGGGAUUUUGAAACGGGAAAUGCACAGUGGAGUGAAGCAAAAACAAAACCCAAGGAUAGAGAGGCGUUCCCAUUGCAAGAGUGGCCAAGCAACCCCAAACCCUUCAAUAAUGGCACAUAUGCCUCAUGUGUACUCCCUCAGAACGGCGUGUCCUGUAACGAGGCUGUUAGCGAAUUCAAAUGAUAAAGAAAUAUCAUUCCUAUGCAACGAAUUUGAUUACACUGCAUAUUUGGUGUAUUCAUUUGAAACUGAAUUAAAAA